CCCGUGUUGUUGUCCUGCAGCCCGGCGGGAUGGGAGGCCGGAGCGCGGCCCGGCGCGGCUGGCGCUGAUGGCGGCUCCCUGGGCGGCCCGCGGCUCCGGGCCGGACCUGGACGAAUUUACCGUCCCGGCCGAGAAACGCCGCUUCCUGGAGGGCAGCCGGGGCCGCAUCCAGGGCCUGUUCGAGGUGCGGCUGGCCGUCCUGGAGGCGCAGGGGGACUGGCGGCCCGCCCUCCCGCCGCCGGGACAGCCGCCACCCGCCGCUAGGAUCUGGGUGCAGCUGGCGGGCGGCGGGAAGGCCGUGCGGAGCGCCAAGGAGUAUAUUAAGGGUCUGUGUGAACCUGAACUAGAAGAAAAAGAAUACUACCCAAAGGACAUGCACUGUAUUUUUGUUGGUGCACAGAACAUGUUUCUCAACAGUCUUAUUCAGGAUACCUGUGCUGACAUAACCGUGCUGGAAAUAGGAUUGCUUAGUAUUAAAGGGGGUGCAGAAGCAGUUGUUAUGGCUCAAAGUCAAGUUCAGCAGUUUGUGAAGCUUUUUGAGAAUAAUGAAAGCUUGUCAAGCGAAUAUGAAUCAGAUAUUAAAAAGCAAUUUAGGCAAUUUGUGGAGGCACAUGCAGAUAAAUAUACAAUGGAUUUACUGAUUUUGCCUAGCUCGCUAAAAAGAGAGCUCCUAACUCUUACGCAAACUGAAUGUUGUGAGUCAGGGGGUGCUAUUAUAGAUCUUACGCGGUCUGGAAGCCCAGCAGAGCUCUUACAGGACAAAACCUCCGAAGUAAUUGUUACAAGCAGAGAUGGAAAAACAGGAGAUGAGGAAGAGAGAAACAAUGCUGGGACUCCUGUAACUGAGCUUACAAAGCAAAUGGACAAUGUGUUUUCUGAUGCUCCCGAAACAAGUUUUGUUCCCAUAAAUGUUGUGCCUCCAUUAGAGGCAAUGGCAUCUAAAGAAAGGCAAUCUUGUAAAAGAAGAUUUUCUGAUGCUGAGGAAAGUCUCCCUAAAAAGCAGUUCUCUUUGGAAAAUGACCAGGAAGUGAAUUCUGUCUUACACAGUGAUCCUUCCAAGAGGGAUGAUGUUAUCGAUCUGAUUUCAGGUAGCUGUGGUGAAUUAGAUGAUCCCAGUUACUGUAUAAAAGAAGGUGAUGAUAUCAGUGAGGAAAUAGAAUAUAAGAUUCUUGUAAACUUUUUUAGAACAAUGGGAUAUUCACAAAGUAUUGUGGAAAAAGUUAUUGGUGUUCUAGGACAGUCUGUGGAACCCUUAACAUUGCUAGAAGAAAUUGAAAAAGAAAACUUGAAACUUCAAAAAGAAAAAGAAUGGUCAUCUAAAACGCCUAGAACUACAAAUCUUUGUUCAGGAAGUAAUGCAAAUAGUUCACAUAUCCUAGAAGAUGAGGACAUUUCUUGCAAGAAAAAUCCCCUUAAAACCAGUCAUACUUCAAAUGAGAUGAGAACAGAACGUCACAAAAUCAGAGAUAUCUCAAGUACUCAAAUUGAUGCGGAAGAUAAAAUGCAUGUAUCUGUACGCAAACCUGUCUCUCCUGGUAAAAGUUCAGCUAUAUGCUAUAAACAAAGAGAUAACUAUUGUCCUGCUAAGAAUCAUAACUCAACAUCAAGUGAUACAGAAACUGAUGGUUCUGUACCUCUCAGUCCUACGCAGGCUGGAGCUCCCAAAGAUGUUGAUUUUGUAGCCAGAGGGAGCUCAGAUGUGUGGCGUACCUCAGCUAAGAGUAAAAAUGCAGUUCAGCAAAAAUCUGCACGGUCCUCACCUGUGCAGAAUAGUCAUCCUGUUGUAGAGGACCAGUUAGGACACUGCAGCUCUUAUCAAGUGAGAUCUCCCAACCAACACACUUCUCAAAAUUCAAACUUUGAAAAUCCUACCCAAGCCCAUAUAUUGUCUUCAGAGAUAAAUUCUACAAAUCCUGACAGAGAGACGGACAGAGCAUACAGACGUCAUAUUGAUCCUUCAAUUACUGGUGUCCAAAGAUUUCUGGAAUCUCUCAAAAAGCCAUACAGACUGGAGUUGAAAAAUGAACCUGGGAAACCAUAUUUAAAACAUAUCAUUAUUGAUGGAAGCAACGUUGCAAUUUCUCAUGGUUUAAGGAAGUUCUUCUCCUGUCGAGGAAUUGCAAUAGCUGUUGACUACUUUUGGAAACGUGGCCACAGAAAUAUUACUGUGUUUGUUCCACAGUGGAGAACAAGACGUGAUCCUUCCAUUACAGAGCAGGAUUUUUUAACACAGCUGGAAGAUGUUGGAAUAUUGUCUUUAACCCCUUCAAGGAUGGUAUUGGGAGCAAGGAUUGCUUCUCAUGAUGACAGAUUUUUAUUACAUCUUGCUGAUAAAACUGGAGGUGUUAUUGUGACUAACGAUAACUUCAGAGAAUUUGUGACAGAAUCAUUUGCCUGGAGAGAAAUUAUUCAGAAAAGGUUGCUCCAGUACACUUUUGCUGGGGACAUUUUUAUGGUUCCCGAUGAUCCCUUGGGAAGAAAUGGACCUAGAUUAGAUGACUUUCUUCAAAGUGAAAGCUGUUCUAGAACUUUUCUGUCAGCACAAAAAGCUUUACAGAGCAGAGAGCAAUAUUCUUCUGAGACACCUUUCUUUGUGCACGUUCCCAAUCCAACCAGCAGCAGUCAACAGCCUAAAAAUCGAGCACAAGGUGAUCGUUCAGCAGCAUGGCUUCCAUUGGAUACAAAUAUGAAGGCUUGUCUGUCAAUUCCACCACAAAGAUCUGCCUCAGAAACAGUACGAUUAAGAGAAGCCUUGAUAAAAAUAUUUCCUGAUUAUGAGCAAAGACAGAAGAUUGAUAAAAUAUUAGCUGAUCAUCCAUUCAUGAGAGAUCUUAAUGCACUAUCUGCCAUGGUGCUUGACUGAAGAUUACACAGGGUUUUUCUAUCACAACUGAUCAGACUAAAUGUCAGUAUGAGUAAGAAUGUUGCUCUGUCAUGUUACUUUGUGAAUAUUCAGAACCUAAUUUUAUUUGUAUAAACAAACAUUUUUAUGUAUGUUCUAUUGCUAAUAGAUGCCAGUUUUUGGUAAAUUAAAAACUGCUGCUACUACAGAUCUGUGUUAAUAUUUUCUAUGAAAAAUCUUCCACUUCAUUUUAAUUGCUUAUUAAAGCAGUAAUGGUUUUGAAGAACUGAUGUCACUUUAAAUAACAUGUUAGCACGUUCUAGAAAACAAAAGCACUUAUGUGCUUCUCAUACCUUCUUCACUGAAAACCAGAUAUUUCUUGGUGAAAAUACAAACAGGCAUUUCACUAUUUUCAGAUACAGAGACUGUUGUAUAACGUUUACGUGCUUUCCUUAGGUCUUCAUCAUAUAUUUUGGAAGUAAUUGUAUACUCCUAAGGGCCUGUGAACAACUGAUGACCACUGUGUGGAAGCUGUGUUGGAGUCUGGUGUACUAUUGCAAUACUAUCACAAGAUGGCAUUAUGCAUCUGUUGGUUUCUAGUGAUCAAGAGCCAAGAUUUCUGACCUGUAUUCAGAUGUGCUAGUUCUUAUAUAAACAGUAAAUGCAGAACAGACAACAGUAAGUGGUGUUAUGGAUAAUACUGAAUAUUGUAUGAGUAACUUCUGGAUACUAAACAGACUUGCAGGUGAUAUUACAGAUGACCAGUAAGUUCUGUGUACAUGGCCAAGAUGGAGGCCACAGAGUGCACCAACAAAAAAAGCCUUUUGCUUGUUCAUCCAGACUGCAGGAUAUAUUGUAAGAGCAGUUAAAAGUAAGAUUCCAACAAGAAUGCGUAAAAUCACAACUCUCAUCAACAGAAGACGCUUUUAGUGCUUUAAAAGUUCUGUGAUGUCUGUGUUGCUUUUAAAAUACUAAUUAUAUUGACCAUCAGUAUGCCUUUGGAGUAAUUUAAGUACCUGUGCUGUUUUGUUUGUCUUUGCCCUGCUUGUUUUAACCAAGAGUCCUGCAAAAGGCUAUUAACAAAACAUGAUGCUGUUUAUACAGGAAUUACAUGCUGUGUCUUGUGCAAAGCUAGUACACUGCAUUUAAGUCUGUUCUACUACUUGAUCUGUUCUGGGUUCUGGCCCAAAAGUAAGGUAGCAGGAAAAUUGAAUGUAGUUUUCAGAAACUGGCAUGUAGGACCACGCUUGAGCAGGAGCAAAGUGAAGAUUACAGUGUGUCUGUGUACACGCUUAAGUCUUUGUGCUUUCCUUUAAAUGGUUUUUCUUUUGUGCUUUUUUUUGUGACUGAAAGCAUGAGGUACGGAGCCCAUGCUGAACUUCUGGCAUGCUGAGCCUUACCUUGAAAAGUAAGAACAUUGGUUUUCUCUCCAGUAGGAUUUCCCUGGAUUUUGAAAUCACUGCUUUAGAAGCCAGAUGUACUGGAUGAACUAAAGAAAUAAGUGUUGAAAUUUUCUCACAGUUGUCUCAGAUGGCCUCUUCAUAUGCAUUGUGAGGUCAGAAAUAGAAGGCAGAGUCCUGCUGCUCUCUCAAUAGGAAAUGCAGCAAGAGCAAAACUAAAAUAUAUUAGGAGCGGUUAUCGACAUACUCAA